AAAAGUGUUGUUUUCACACACAGAUCUCCCUCUAUCCAGUGUAGAAGAGUCACACACAGUCGCUCUUUCACUCUUCUCUGGUGAAGUGAAUGAUGGAAAUAUUUGUGACAUUCCUCCUCACUGGAUGUCUGAUACAAGGAGCUCUUUGUGGUUUUGAUAUCAGUCUGCCGGAGAGAGUAGAAGCUCUAAAAGGAUCCUGUGUUUUCAUACCCUGCACAUUUGAUAUUGAUCAAGAAUAUGAAAAUGAGAGGCUCACUGAUAAUGCAAAGAGAAUAUGGUAUAAAGACGAAACGCCUCGCACUGAAGUGUUUAACUCAGAUCAACCCAACGCUGGAUCGUUAAAAGGAGAAAUAUUUGGCACUCCUACAGACAAAAACUGCACCACCCGCUUCCACAAUGUCCGUCAGAGUGAUCAUGGGUCAUAUUUCUUUAGAGUUGAAAGCGGUCAAUUGAAAUAUAGCUACAGGAAACCUACAUUCACCCAAGUUGAAAUUGCUGUCAUUGGUUCUCCACCCAAACCCAAAGUGAGUCUGUUAAAGGAUCAGCAGAACGUGACAGAGGUGGAGGAGGGAAGCUCUGUGAAUCUGCGCUGCUCGACUAAGAUCUUCUGUUCCUCUCGUCCAGCAAAUCUCACAUGGAGCUCGUCUCCUGAACACCUCCUCGACGAGAGCGUCACUCAACAGCAGCGUCAGGAGCAAACUGAGCUGAUCUCUGAUCUGAUCUUCACUGUAACUCCCCGUCAUCAUUCAGCCAAUUUCACUUGCACUGUAACACACCAGCUUCGGCAGCAGAUCACAAAAAACAAGACCCGUACCCUACGUGUUCAGUACGCCCCUAAAAACACAUCUGCUCAUGUGACUGGAUCUGGGUUUGUUGUGGAGGGCCGUUCAGUGACUCUGAGCUGCAGCAGUGACGCAAACCCACCGGUGCUCAACUACACCUGGUACAGAGACACUGAAGAACCACUGAAACCAGUGCAGAGCGGACAGAACCUGACCAUCAGCAACACCGACCCGACACACAGCGGACGAUACGUCUGCACAGCUCAGAACGAACACGGCACUCAGAACGCAUCAGUGACGCUGGACUUCCAGUGUAAACAUGUACAUCUGUGUCUGUAAACGCAGCUGGUUUUGUAGGAGGGCCGUUCAGUGAUUCUGAGCAGCAGCAGUGACUACGCUUACAUGUGCACCAACAAUGCGAUUAUUUCUAAUAAUAAGUAGCCUAUGGUUAUAACACACUCAGAUAGGCAUACUAGCAUGUUACCGGCUACUGUUUUAAUUUACUCAUAUUAAUUCAUAAUACAUUUUUAAGGAGGUACUAGAUAUUAUUCUGCAUAUUCCAUUGCUGGUGUUAUGCCGAAUUUUGUGACCCACCAAAUUCUGUAACCCUAUAGGCGUUAUAUUGUGCUAAUCCACCUACUCCUAAUCCUAAUCUUAACCCUACCCUUAUACCCCCCUAUUUUUUUCUGUCUAAAUACCCAAAGAGUUCCUAAAAUUGGUCUGAUACGCCUACAAACAGCAAUACUGUGUGUAAAAUGCAUUUCACUAUAGGCAGCUUUAGUAUUUGGGGUUAAAAAAAACUUUUUUAUGAUAAUUUACUCACCCAACUGUCAUCUACCAAUAUGUCCAUGUCUUUCUUUCUU